UUGCCGCCGCAAAGACCAUUCCUCUAAUUCGGUAUUAUUCCUUAUAAUCACCCAUUGAUCACGCUGCCUUGCCACAUGUUCACAUGUCUUCAUGUGGAUGCCUUUAUCCAAAUCUCGCCCCUAAGUAACCCACCGUCCAUGAGCGGCCAAGCUGUCAAACUCCUCCCUCCUUCUGCCACGUGGUUCACCUGCACUAACGAAAAAGUCACCUACUUUGGGCAGAUUGAACAAGAAAAAUACACUUCAGAUUUGAGGCAACAAGAACUCUUAAUUACGAUGUUAUGUGCAACAGUACAUGACUCCAAUACGACAAGUCGUAUAUGUAGUAUUCACGCCCGUUAAAUAGCCAAACCCACCCCAGCUAAAACCCAUAACUCCUCAUUUCUUGCUCUCUCUCUCUCUCUCUCUCUCUCUCUCUCUCUCUCUCUCCAAUAUGGAGUGGACUAGAGGACCAGUCAUCGGCCGUGGCUCCACCGCCACUGUCUCGUUAGCCACCUCUGCCUCUUCCGGUGAGGUCUUUGCAGUUAAGUCCACAGAGCUCUCUAAGUCUAAGUUCCUGCAAAAAGAGAAGUACAUUCUGUCUAAUUUAAGCUGUCCUUAUGUAGUCAAGUACUUGGGCUAUCAUAUUACCGACGAAGAUAGUAAGCCUAUGUACAAUAUUUGCAUGGAGUACGUCGCCGGCGGCACCCUUCACGAUGCUAUUCAGAGACAUGGAGGUCAGCUAGAUGAGCCUAUGAUAAGAUUAUACACACGAGAUAUCUUAGAAGGCUUGGAGUAUUUGCAUACAAAUGGGGUGGUUCAUUGUGACAUCAAAAGCAAGAAUGUUCUGAUAAGCAAAGAAGGGGCGAAAAUUGCCGACUUUGGCUGUGCUAAAUAUGUUGGCAAAGUUGGUGGCACCGAGUCAGAGUUUUCUGGUACGCCGGCGUUCAUGGCGCCGGAGGUAGCUCGUGGAGAAGAGCAAGGGUGGCCAGCAGAUAUGUGGGCUUUGGGAUGCACAGUCAUAGAAAUGGCAACUGGGACUAUCCCAUGGACAGGGCAACAAAACCCAGUAUCAGCUCUCUAUCAGAUUGGAUUCUCCGAUAAGGUGCCUGAGUUUCCCAGCUGGUUAACAGAGAAGGGUCAAGAUUUCUUGAGCAAGUGUUUAAGGAGAGAUCCAAACGAGCGAUGGACGGCGAAAGAAUUACUCGAUCAUCCAUUUCUUAAUGAUUUGGAGUUGGAGCUUAAGGAAAUGGAGGAAUUCACAAUGACUUCUCCUAGUUGUGUACUGGAUCAAGACUUCUGGGGUUCAAUGGAGGCAUUGCAAAGUCCUCAGGGUUUAACACUUGAAGGAUUUUCGAAUUCUCCAGCUGAAAGAAUGAAGAAGUUGAUUGAAUGUGCUUCCCCCGCCGAAGUUCCCAACUGGACUUGGGAGGAGGAUGAUUGGAUUACAGUUAGAAGCAGUGACACUGAGGAAACCUUUGAUGCACCUUCAGUUCCAACUGCAUUCUCGACCUCAGAUUCAAUUUUUUAUGAACAAGACCUUCAAAGUUCAUUUUUUUAUGAAGAUUUGCUAAUGGAAUUCUUUGUUGAAAAUGAAAACAUCAGCAUUAAUAGUAAUGAAAGAUAUGAUUUUGUAUCAGAAGAUCUCAAUUCUGAGAAAUAUAAUGAUAAAUCUUGUUUUCUGCUAUCUCAUAUCUUAUCAUUAAGCAGAGAUGACCGCCAGAUACAGAUAACUUGGAUUAAGGGGGGUUGA